UCAAAUUCUUGGUUUUUAAAAAUGUCAAAACUGCAGAAAUAUCCAAGAUGGCUAUUCACCUUAGCUAUCAUCAUGGCCUUGGUUCUCAAUGGGUCAUGACAAGAAGAAAAUACCUCACAGGACUCUAGCACUGAGCUGUUCCAUCAAGACAUAGAAUUGGAAAAAGGAGAUGUAAGAAAUAUCAGAGUUCCCAUGACAACUAUUUUCUCAGAAAUGCCAGACCUGUCUGUUCAUAAGAAUGUUAUAGUAGUUGAGAUCCAGAAUGAGGUGCUAGACAGAGGUAAUUCCCCAUUCUCUCACCUCCUUGAUGUUCAAGCUCAGAUGAAUCAAAAAAACAUGUCAGGAGAUGAAGUUGAUCUCAAGGAUAUCAUAAUAGACAACGAAGGCAAAGAUAUGAUCCUCCAUUAUGCAGUAUAUGAUCUCUGUCACAUAGAAGAAGAUGCUUACAUUGCCCUUCAAGUAGAAGCUCUCGAUGGAAAGUUCAGAGGAUUCGUCAGUGUUGAAGUAGUAGAUUUAAACGCUUUUUCUAUCCAAUGUACUGACAAGGAAUCCGAUUUGUUCCUCCCCAGAGACCACCACUCCUCAUGUGAGGCUUGGGACAGUAAGAUCUGGGUAUUCGGAGGGAAAAAGAAUGUCAAGAAGCAAGAAUAUGCUCUGAACGAUAUCAUGGUUUUGGACACAACAUUUAACUCAUGGACAUCAAUUGAACCCAAGAGCGGAAGCAGACCUUCACCAAGAUAUGGCCAUGCAAUGUUUUGUUACUUCCAGUACUUUGUCAUUUAUGGUGGUCAAGACCAGCAAGGAAAUCUCUUAGGAGACUUAUGGGUCUUUGACACAGUUGGAGAAAAAUGGACUUUUAUUAAUAACAAUUUAGAUAGCCAUGAACUCGAACAUCUUGGAAAAAGUACGGAAGUUCCACAAGAGCUAGCAUAUUCAGGAUCAGUAAUGUUCCCUGAGCUUGGUGCAGGAUACAUUUCAGGAGGCUUCACAAACAAAGGAGCAGCCUGAGAUAUAUGGGGGCUUAAAAUGGAAAGUCUCAUCACCUUUGUUGAAGACGGUGCUAAAAGCCUUGAUAAUUUCUGGAUCAAGAUAGAUUCUACGGAGAUGGAGCCACAAAGUCUUUACAUGUGCAGAGAGCGGCAUAUAGCAGCUAUAGUUGGAGAAGAUUCAUUUGUAGUAUGGGGAGGUCUCAGUUCAGAUAAUACUUUUGUAAAGGAUCCAUAUCUGUUCAAUGUAAGUACAAAGAGAACUCAAAAAUUAACCGUUGAAGGAAAGCAACCAGAUCCAAGAAUCAAAGAAGGUGUUUUAUCAACUGGGGCUAAGAUGGGAAUAUUAUAUGGUGGAGUUCCACUAGGUGGUACAGGAACUUACAUUGAUAUUUGGCAUUUCAUGGUUGUUGGAAACUCUCUAAAAUUUAAAGAAAUUGAGUAUGAAAUGGAAGGAGAUAAUCUAUUCAUGACAUGGAGACAUGGAUUCACUAUGCACUAUGCUAGGGGUAUUCAGGACCCAGUUCUUGUAGGAGGAACAUUUGGGAACAAUCAACAGUCUAGAGCCUUAGUGUUGCUACCUGAAAAGAAAUGUCAAGAUAAUGCAGAAUACAUACAUGGAAAAUGCUCUCCAUGCCCAAGAGGAAGUAUUUAUGAUGAAGGACAAUGUAAAUGGUGCCCAAAAAAUUCAUACUUCAAAGAAAAUAAAAAUGAUUAUUUCCAAUCCCAAUGAUAUAACUGUCCUUAUGGGCUUGUUUCAGGAUACUUUAAAAGCUGUGUGCCGUGACAAGGAGGUACUGUCUAUGACAUAAAUCAUCCUGAUUUCUGUAGGACAUGUUCUAGCGAAUCUAUUUGUCCUAUUGGGACCAGAUUUGAGUUUCCUAUUUCAGAAUAUGGAGAGAACUUCCAUGAAGUAACUUUGAACCAUCUUCCUGAGAUGUUCAAUCCUCACCAGAAGCAUUACGACCACACUUCCGUGAUUGUUUUAUUCAUCGCAGUGUUCUGUACCCUUGUUUUAUUCAUUGUAAUUGCAAUCCUCCUCUCAAUGUGUAAGGAACAAACUCUGUUCAUCUUCAGAGAGAUGGACGUCCCCUUCAUCACAGGUCAAGGUACUAAGAAAGUAGUUGGAGGAGUGAUCAUGUUAUUCUUUGUUCUGAUAGUCUCCAUCAUCACAUUUGGUUUCUUCAUUAAUUUCUUCUUGUUCAAUUCUAAAACAGUGAUGUUUGAGGCUAAGAAUCCAUACCUAGAGAGGGCAUAUCCUUCUAACUAUUACUUCAAGAUUUCUGUAGCAGUGAGUUCCUUCCUCGACCCUCAUGAUACUGGCAAUGUGACUGCGAGUGAGAAGAGAGAAUAUCUGGAUCAUGAGAGGCAUGAUUUAUGCCAAAAACAGAUCUCUUAUUCCAUGUCUAGGUACUUUGCACAAGCUAAAGAUGAAAAUAUCGCCUAUUCUUGUGGAAUUAAACGACUAUCGCAUGCUACCAAUGAGUACGUAAUUGAGCUGACAAUCAAAGAUAUCAGAGAUGAGGCUCCAGAAAAUGCUUUUAUCAGGUUCACCUUAGAUUCAGAUUUUGGAGAGAUUGCUCAUUUCAUUCAAUACGAAUACUGGAACAUUUGGAGGUAUUAUGAAGAUUUUCCAAUUUCUUUUUCAUCGAUCCGUGGAUUUAUCACGCCUCAAAUGACAACUAAAUCAAACUCAAACAUUACUGCUGCUUUCAGAGGACCAAAGCCUACACAGUUGAAGUUUAGGUUGACGCCUACCCAUUAUGGUAACGAGAUUGAUAGUACAAACUUUGAAGGAUACCAAGUAUACCUUGAGGACUUUAAGAAGGGAUCCACAGUAAACAAGAGAACAAUCGCUACUAAAGAGACUCCUUCCGGUGAAGAGAGCAGAGGAAUUGAUAUUGAGCUAUUUACUCACGUUGGAGACACAAUCAACCAUGUGCAAGUACUUAGAAACAAGAGUCUACUAGAAACCUUAACCUACGUCUUAGGUUUCACUUCUGGAUUUGUGAUCAUUGUUCAUCUGUUGAAAUACUUCCUUUCUAAAGAAGAAUACUUCAGAGGUCUAGACAGAGAGUGCGACACACUGUUUGGUUCUGCUAAUAAUGAGAUGUUAAGCCUGAAUACAAUGCCAAGAAGUGACUCUGUGAACGACUCAAACAGAUUUAUGAGCCCUAUAAAUAGAGAGGAAGGAAAGCAUUCUGCAUAAUAAUUCAAAUUUGUUAACCCA